AUUUUCUUUUUACUUUAUCGUUUUAUUUUGUUUAACUUUCGCUGGAAUAGAUAAAGGAGGAGAAAGAAGAAGAAGGAAAUGCUAUGAAUCUCUCUUCUCUCAGUUUUACCCCUCAUCAUCUUGUUGCUCCUAUCUAUUCUUCACUUCCCACCAAAACUACAAGGGGCAAAAGCGUGGAUGGUAUUGCAAUUGAAGGUCGUAAUCUGAAUUUCUCGUUCACUGCAAGGCAAACUAAGGAUGUGCACGUUCUUAGAGAUUGUUCAAUUCGCAUUCCUUCUGGACAAUUUUGGAUGCUUCUUGGACCCAAUGGCUGUGGAAAAUCAACACUCUUGAAGAUUUUGGCUGGUCUAUUCACUCCAACUUCAGGAACUGUAUAUGUGAAGGAGCCUAAAAGUUUUGUUUUUCAAAACCCAGAUCAUCAGGUGGUGAUGCCUACAGUAGAUUCUGAUGUUGCAUUUGGUCUUGGUAAAAUCAAUUUAGCUGACGAUGAAGUCAGAUCCAGGGUGUCACAAGCUUUACAUGCUGUUGGUUUAUCUGACUACAUGAAGAGAUCUGUCCAAACUUUGAGUGGUGGUCAGAAGCAGCGGGUUGCUAUUGCUGGUGCUCUGGCAGAAGCUUGUAAGGUUCUGUUGUUGGAUGAGCUCACAACAUUCCUAGAUGAAACUGACCAGGUUGGUGUUAUCAAAGCAGUUAGGACUGUCUGGAUACUUCCGAAGAAGUUACAGCAUUAUGGGUUACCCAUCGUUUGGAAGAACUAGAAUAUGCAGAUGGUGCAAUCUACAUGGAGGAUGGAAAGGUAGUCAUGCAAGGAGAUGCGGCAAGCAUAAGGAGUUUCAUUGAAGCCAGACAAUCUGCCUAUAUUAACCAGAUUAAUCCGUAAAUAAAUUAUCCUUGUAUCUUAAAUUGUUUUUUGUUAGGCAUUGAAAUUAAACUCGCAUAAUUUGAAGGUUACGUUAUAGUAUCUCAUUUUAUUUUUCUCCUUUGAAAAAAAAAACCAAGUAAGGGGAAUAUUUGUUUAAAAUGAAAAAUUACCCCAUCCGUUUUCCUGUCCAAAAUUUCUCCAUCCAAACUAUAAGCCACAAGGACGGGCAACAACUUGUAAAUGGUAAUUAUUCUUGUAUAUGAUGCUGAAGAAAUUAUAUUAAAUUUUCUGAUUA